AUGACCUUCGCCCUGUCUCCCAGUCUGCAGGCACCGGUGCACAGGCGGCCGGAGGAAGAUGCCGGAGCAGAGUCUGCAGCAGAAGUCCUGGAGGAGUCCCUGACCUUGCCGUUCCGGUACGGGGCGCCCAGCCUUUUUCCCGAGGCGCUGGUCGGACCAUGGGUCCGUGGUUAUGCGGUCAUCAAUGUGCGCGAGGGCUUCAUCUGUGAAGAGCUGGAUGACAUCUUCUCUCUCCAGGUCUUUCCGGAGAUCAUCUACCCGCCCUGGGGCGAGUGGGUGCUCAACGUUUCCCGGAGCACCCCGCAGAUCCUUGAGUGGGUCCCGAAGAUGGACGUCGACGGCAUCUGCUCCCGCCGGGUCAUCCGCUGGAUCCGGCCCUGGCUCCUGGAGGGGCGCCUGCUGGUCGACUCGGCCGGGCACGCUGCAGUCAACGGCUCUUACGUCCCAGACUUUUCCGGCAGCGCUGUGAGGUACGUGAAGACGCCGGCCGAGGGGCCCAAGGCUGUGGAGCUGCGCCACAUCGACCCGCACUGGGCCUUCGUCUCUGUGGAGGAUGGCAAAGAGCAGCUCCUGUACACCGCUGUCGCUGAUGCACUGGUGGGCCAGUGGAAUACGGACAGCCAGCUGGCAAAAGCCUCCGGUGCCCUGCCAGGGCCCAGAAUCAGCUUUUGGCAGCAGGCGCCCGACGAGGACCUGCUGGCUGCCCAGAAGAGCCUUGCUCUGAACGUGCGGCCCCGCUGCGUUUGCCGACUUCCCUCUGAGGCCGCUGCUAGCAUGGUCGUCUCCGAGGGCGUCGCCGCUCACUUCGCAGGUGACGCCGUGGUCUUCGUCGACUUUGAGACCGACGGCACCCCCGAAGAGGCGUUUCCCGCCCUCGGCGCCCCGCUGCCGGCCACGUGGCGGCUGCAUCUUCCAGCGCGAGCGGGUGCGGGUGGCGGGCUGAACCAACCCGGCGAAGAGGGCGGCUGCGACUUGCCAGGGGCCCUGCGCCAGGGACUCGAGGCCCUCCUUGUCAAAGGCGCGGGCACCGUGGCCAUCAGUGCCAAAGGUGGCAGCCCCGCAGACAAAGAGGCCCUGGCGGCCGCGGCCGUCACCGCGCUCUUGGACGUGGCUGGCGAAGGCCGUGAACGGCGCACGGGCAGGAAGGUCAGUGGCUCCAAUGCGGCGAACUCCGCGGGCAGGCCACUUGAGCUGCACCUCGUGGUCGAGGGUCCACCGCCCGACAUCCUCCGCAGCCGCGACGCCGUGGAAAGAGCCAUCGCCAAGCGCAGUGACCUGGCAUCUCCGUAG